UUUGUCCACCAGGUGAUGAUCUGGAACCUGGACUCUCCAGAGCAGGUGAUAAAGAACCCCGUCCGAACCAUCCAGCACCACACAGACGUCGUCCUGUCCAUGUCUUUCAAUACGGACGGGAGCCUUCUGGCCACCACCUGCAGGGACAGGAAGGUCCGGCUGAUGGAGGCGCGCUCAGGGAACGUGCUGCAGGAAGCAAAUUGUAAGUCGCAUAAAGCCAGUAAGGUGCUGAUUUUAGGGAACCUGAAGAUGCUCAUCACAUCUGGCACUUCUCGCUACAACGAUCGACAGAUAGCUCUGUGGGAUCAGGAAGACCUGUCGGUGCCUUUGUUGCAGGAGAACCUGGACGGUUCCUCAGGGGUGAUCUUCCCGUUCUACGACCCUGACACACACAUGCUCUACCUUGCUGGAAAGGGGGAUGGAAACAUCAGGUACUAUGAGAUCAGCUCAGAAAAACCCUACCUCCACUACCUGACGGAGUACCGCUCACACUCACCUCAGAAAGGAAUGGGAGUAAUGCCAAAGAGAGGCCUGGAUGUCACAUCAUGUGAGGUUUUCAGGUUCUACAAAGUGGUGAUAGUCAAGAGCCUCAUUGAGCCUAUUUCUAUGAUCGUACCCCGCAGGUCGGAGUCGUACCAAGAAGACAUCUAUCCAAUGACGGCAGGUAACAGACCAGCGCUGACUGCAGAAGAGUGGCUCAGCGGCAUCAGUAAAGGACCGGUUCUCAUGUCUCUGAAGCCUGGAAGUGAACUAAUGGAGCCUCCGUCAGAGCUGAAGGGGCUGACCAACUCCCUGGACACACGGCGCUCUCAGAGCAGACCCGGCAUGCUGCGCCUCUCCUACAUUCAGGACCAACUGGAAGCCAAAGAAGACGGCGAGCAGGCCAAGUCCGACAGGAGUUGGACGUCUGUGAGCAACGGGGACGACCAGGCGCAUGGUUCCCCGCUGACAGAGAGCGAGCUGCGUCUGAAGUGCCUCAGACAGCAGGAGGAGAUCAGGCGGCUGACGGAGCUCCUGAACCAGAGGGAAGUUCGCGUCAAACAACUCGAGCUGGAGAUUAAGAACAUCAAGAACUCUCAGAGCUAACUUUAGGAGUUCCCAAACAUUCCUGAUGCGCUGAGCUGCACCCCCCCACCCCACCUUCCUGACGGGACACUCUGGUUUAAAGCUCAGAAUCCGAAUCACCUCCUUCCUUCUUUAAAACUUCACAGCUCUCCUGACACUCGGACCUCUUCGUUGUUUCGACCACCUCGACACUCGGUGCACGUUCUUUUUUUCGUGUAAAUAAACUUUUGAAGAUGCACCUUUUUACCUUUUGCCCCAUUUCUUUUGUACACGUCACAUCUAUGCAAGUUUACUGUUCAUAUGGAGUUUUUUUGUUUUUGUUCCUUCUGUAGUCCACAGAUAAAUGGAGGUUUGAGCUCCAACCAUCUGCCUGAGAGCUAACGUUGCUGAACUUCCUUUUUGUGCUUGUUGUUAUUGUAUUUAAACUGCUGUAAGUCGACACAGCCGUGGUGUUUGAGUCUUGAAUGUGAAAGAGCAACAUGAAUGACCCACCUUUGCUCUGCCUUUCCUUAAAGCUGCAGCUCUUUUUAUCCCAGAUUUUAUUUUGAAAUUGUCUCGAUCCCAAUUGAUUUCUUUUUUUUUUUUUUCCAGGAAUGAUUGUGUGAGUUAAAUCUGUACCUGCUGCCAGUUUGAAUUUUUGAACUUGAUUUUUAUAUUUAUUUGAAGAUGCGAGCGGAGAAUACACCUUUUAACAAUGAAUUUAACCCAAGAUUUGAUUUUAGAAAAUAUACGAAGA